AUGACUUAUGCAACCGCUGCGCCCGCGACUGCUGGCGGACAGGCUGGCUUGCCGCCUGUCUGCCAGAACUGCACUACGAGCACCACACCGCUGUGGCGACGCGAUGAGUCGGGCGCUGUUCUCUGCAACGCCUGCGGGCUCUUUUUGAAGCUGCACGGCCGGCCACGGCCCAUUUCGCUCAAGACCGAUGUCAUCAAGAGCCGCAACCGCGUCAAGACUGGCGGCCCGGGCGGUCGCAAGAGGACCAGCGAUACAGGCGGUCUUCCUGCUGCCCAUCCCGAUGCCGACGGCCAACUAGGCCUUGCCCAACACCGCCGCGUAUCAGGAAAGAUAUCCUCGGGCCUCUCUGACCGCUCCCAGUCGCCCAUCUCGCGCACCGGCACUCCAAACUACAAUCACCCGUCCAACAUCGCGCCCCAGCACAUGUUCGAGCAAGCACUCCACAGUGAAUUCCACUCGCCCUCGCUCCCUGGAUUCGGUCUCCGUGCCCCUUCGCCUGCAACGUCCUCGAUCAACGGCUCCCACCUCGAACCUCCGCUGCCUUAUGAUACGCUUGCUGCUCAAAACACUGCGCUCAAGACCAGAGUGUCGGAGAUGGAACUGAUCAACGAUUUGUUCCGGAACCGUGUCAGUGAGCUUGAGCAGAGCGAGCAGUCGGCGCGGCAAACGGAGACGAGCCUGAGGCAAGAGCUUGAGGAGGUCAAGCAGCGAGAAUCGGAUCUGAAGAGGCGACUUGAUGAAAUUGAGGAGGACAGCCCACGACACAAGAGGAUGAGGAUGAGCGAUCUUGUGGACGAGAGCCGCGCCGGCACGCCCAUUAAUGCCAAGGGGGAGUAA